AUGUCUAACACAGUAGCCCUAUGCCCUCAAAGUAGUCCUCAGGAUGUCGCCUGCAGUAGUCCUCAGGAUGUCGCCUGCAGUAGUCCUCAGGAUGUCGCCUGCAGUAGUCCUCAGGAUGUCACCUGCAGUAGUCCUCAGGAUGUCGCCUGCAGUAGUCCUCAGGAUGUCGCCUGCAGUAGUCCUCAGGAUGUCGCCUGCAGUAGUCCUCAGGAUGUCGCCUGCAGUAGUCCUCAGGAUGUCGCCUGCAGUCGUCCUCAGGAUGUCGCCUGCAGUAGUCCUCAGGAUGUCGCCUGCAGUAGUCCUCAGGAUGUCGCCUGCAGUAGUCCUCAAAGUAGGCUCUUUACUGCUAGUCUGAAUGCAGAUGAUUUAUUAUAA